CACCCAUGCCGCCCGCACCAUCUUCACCUCCAGGGGGUAGUUUCAUCCAGGAACCGAGACUGCCGAUCCCGGAGAAAUAUGCCGGUGAGCCCAACUACUGUCGUACUUUUCUCUCUCAUUGUUCUCUACAUUUCGCCCAACAGCCCCGGACAUUCUCGCUCGAGGAGACCAAAGUGGCGUUCACGCUCUCACUGCUCUCGGGCAAGGCUGCCCUCUGGGGGACGGCGGUAUGGGAAAACCACGACAGCUGUUGUUCCUCGUUCGCCUCGCUUUCCGAAGAAAUGAAGAGGGUUUUCGAUCGCUCCGUCGCCGGGAGGGAGGCCGCCCGGCUCCUCACGGAUCUCCAGCAGGGGGAGCGGUCGGUCUCGGACUAUGCCAUCGAGUUCCGUACCCUGGCGGCGGAGUGCAGGUGGAACGAGGAAGCGCAGUGGGACCAUUUCCUGCAUGGGUUGGCGGAUCGGAUCCAUCGAGAGAUCAUCACGGCGGAAUUACCGAAGUCGCUCAAUGGUCUGGUGGACUUGGCGAUCCGGGUUGACGCACGCCUGUCUACCGUUGCCAGAAGGAAGACUCAAGUUCUGCCCCUACGUCAAGCGGAGUCCACGGAUCCUCCCAUCGAAGUUUCCGCCGGUGGUCUCUCAGAUCCGGAACCCAUGCAGGUGGGUCGAGCUCGGUUACCCUGGAAGGAGAGGAAUCGGCGGAGAUCCUUGGGUCUUUGCCUAUACUGUGGUGAGUCGGGUCACCAAUGUCAGAGGUGCCCGGUAAAAGACCAAGCCCGAUAGUAAAACAGAGGCUACUAUCGGGCAGGAUCUCCGCACAGAAGACCUCUACUACAUCCACUCUCCUUCCGGUGAGACUACGGUGGUCCACUAUGUCACACUCGGGGCACGCACUUCUGGAUUCGGGGGCGGAGGGCAACUUCAUCGACAGCUCACUAGCACUUCUUGGUCAUCCGUGGCUUCAUUCCCAUAACCCAAGAAUUGACUGGAAACUGGGUUCUGUUACCAGCUGGAGCGAGGAGUGUCAUAAGUCCUGUCUUGUCUCUGCUUGUGUUUCUGUGUCUGAGUCUGUGUUUCAGGGGAAAGCAGUGGAUUUGUCUACCGUGCCCGCGGAGUACCAUGACCUGAAGGAGGUGUUCAGUAAGUCGCGGGCUGAUUCUCUUCCUCCUCAUCGUCCCUAUGACUGUGCGAUAGACUUAUUGCCAGAUUCUAUUGUUUGCUCAGUCUCCGUGUUGCUUGGUUGUUCCCUGUGCUUUGGAUUACGUGUUUCAGUUGGAUGUGUAUUGUCGUCGUCGUCUUCGUGUGGAUGUUCCGUGUCAGCCUGGAUUUCACCACUGCUCACCACUCCACCAACGUCGCACUCAAAUCACCAACUUCCACCGUAGUCAUCGUCACCAUUG